CAGAUGAACAAGAAGAUGAAGAUGCCAUAGUCAACAGGAUUUCGAGCGUUACUCGGCCAUGAAGAGGAAUGCAGACACCUGUUACCACAUGCAUGAACCCCUAAGACAUGAUGCUGGGUGAGAUGAGCCAGUCACCAAAGGUCACCAGUGUUGAUUCCAUUUAUGAGAAACGUCCAGAAUAGGUUGUUUCUGUGCACGUUCACACUCGCAGUGUCCGCUGGGGCCGUGCUGCUCUUACCCUUCUCCAUCAUCAGCAACGAAAUCCUACUUUCCUUUCCUCACAACUACUAUAUUCAGUGGCUCAAUGGCUCCCUGAUCCAUGGCCUGUGGAACCUCGCUUCUCUCUUCUCCAACCUCUGUUUGUUUGUCCUGAUGCCCUUUGCCUUCUUCUUCCUGGAAUCGGAAGGUUUUGCUGGCCUGAAAAAGGGACUCCGGGCCCGAGUCCUGGAGACGCUGGUCGUGCUCCUGCUCCUGGCGCUGCUGGUGCUGGGGAUGGUGUGGGUGGCCUCCGCGCUCGUGGACCAGGACGCGGCGAGCAGGGAGUCUCUGUACGAUCUCUGGGAGUUCUACCUGCCCUAUUUGUACUCUUGUGUAUCGCUCAUGGGAUGUUUGCUGCUUCUCUUGUGCACCCCGGUUGGCCUGUCUCGCAUGUUCGCCGUCAUGGGCCAGCUGCUGGUGAAGCCGGCGAUUCUGGAGGACCUGGACGAGCAGAUGUACAUUGUUGCCCUUGAGGAGGAGGCGCUGCAGAGACGGCUCGCCGGACUGUCUUCAUCAGUGGACUACAAUGUAAUGGAGCUGGAACAAGAACUUGAAAACGUAAAGAUUUUUAAGACAAAAUUAGCCUUGUGGGUCCAUGCAGUUACAUCUGGAAAAUGUCGGGGAAGGAGUGUGCCUUCAUUUCACAGACACUGGCCCCUCAGUGUUGAUUGUCAUGGUGAUUCUGACACCUUCAUACAGAUUUUCAAUAAAAGAGGCGGAAGAAGGCGUCGGCUUGGGAAAGAAAUUUGGUGUAUCCUGCGGUCAUGGUUCUCCUUCUCAUUGAGACGUCCAUCUCGGUCCUCCUGGUGGCUUGUAAUAUCCUUUGCCUGUUGGUUGAUGAAACAGCAAUGCCAAAGGGAACGAGGCCUCCGCUUUUUUGGAGACUUUAUUCCUAAAAAGGAUGACACGACCAUGACAAAGAUCAUUGGGAACUGCGUGUCGCUGCUGGUCCUGAGCUCCGCUCUGCCUGUGAUGUCCAGAACCCUGGGAAUCACUAGAUUCGAUCUUCUGGGAGACUUCGGAAGGUUUAACUGGCUGGGAAAUUUCUAUAUUGUGUUAUCCUACAAUUUGCUUUUCGCUGUGGUGACAACACUGUGUCUGGUCAGAAAAUUCACCUCUGCGGUCCGGGAAGAGCUCCUCAAGGCCCUAGGACUCCAUAAGCUGCACUUAUCCAGGGCUCCCCGCGAGUCGGACACCGCCAAGCCGUCUGCCAAUGGGCACCAGAAAGUCCUGUGAGGCCGCUCCGCUUCAGCGCAUAUGCGGGAGGACUCGGACAUUCCUGGUCCCAGGCGUGGCGGCCCCGCUCACUUUCUAAUUGUCCUCUGGGAACCUGCGGGGCGUGGGUUCCAGCCCCACACCCACGUCUGCUCUGUCGGGACGGCCACCAGAAGGCAGCCGGGAAGCUAGGGCUUCCGAGGACUUGCUCCAGCCCAGGACCUGCACAUGUGGAGGCUGCUGGCGGCACCUGUUGCUGGGACAGGAGGUGACCGAGGGCGUGGGGCGAGGCCCAGGGCGUGCACAAGGUGCGGGAAUGUCUGUGCCUGGGACGUGGGAGCUGGCGUGGCGCCUGACAUUUCCCACGUCCUUGAUGCAGGAACAAAGCCCAGUGCAGAGUUAGUUACAGAUGUGAGUCCAGGGGACACAGGGGACUCUUACCCCCACGCUUGGGCAGCCCUGCGUCACCAAGGUGGGAGGGAGGGGCCAGCCGGUUCCAAGUUCAUGGCCAGUCAGUGUCACCUCUCCUGGCACAGCUGCCAGUGUGAGACCCUGGGACCAGCGCCCGCCUUACAGGCUGUGUGACACCAUUUUUUAAGCCCUUUUUUCUAAACUCCCUUAACUCCUCAUGCUCCUCCGUCCAUCCUAAACUAAGCCCUCUGGGUAGAAGCCCCUUUCUUUUGCCGCUGCUUCAGGCUUCGCUACUUUUGCCAUUUAAACCUCAGACCCGGAAAAGCAACCAGUUUAGCACCAAACGCACAGCAUUUGGUUCUGGCAUAAGAAGAGUUUGGCCGACUAUCGUGAUCUGCUAGCCACUCAGUUGUUAAGCUGUAAAUAAUUCUCGGGGUCGUGUCGUGGCCCCACGUCCACUGAAUAAAGUUGUCCCCCAGGAGACCGAGUUCUGUCGGUCGAGCGUGCAGGAUCCGAGGGCCCCCGCACAGCCCCACACCCGGUCUCUACGUGUCUCUACAUACACACGUAUGUUCACAUGUCUGUAAAUACGUACAUAUAUUCAUAUGCACUGUGUGUGUGCAAUGAACCAUCUAUGCAGGCAACAGUAAAAUAACUUUUUUCUCAAAUUGUUGCAUUUAAAGCUUUUUUCGGGGGGGAGCAAUUAUGAAAACCAGGCUGUGUAUAUUGGACAUCAAAACAUUUCCACUUGGAGUCAAAAUAUUAAGAAAAAUGAAUGGGUAUGUUUGUAAGCUCCACUGACUGCCUGUCUUCCGUGUACACCCUCACUUCCUUCGGAGCCACGUGGAAAUGCAGGCCGCUUAAAAGAUAGUUGAGGAUUGCGAAUGGCACUCGGCAAGCCUCGUGCUCGUGCUGGUGACGGCCAGCAUGGGACGCGCCCGAGGAGGCGCACGCAGGCGUGCUUUCUCGUUCCUGCACUGCCCGUGUGGGCAUCAGCUGCCAGCUGUGGCUUUCGCGGGAACUCUGGGAGUCGCCCUGGGACAGACGGCCACGGGAGCAGACGCGUCUUUCAAUAGAGUGGCGCUGCCCAGUCAGCCCAGUUCAGGCACGUCCCGGGAAGAGUUCUGGGCACGAGCGCGACGUCCGACAGCGUCUGGGGCACACAGUCACCUUUUCUGUGUGUGUCAGUCUGUUCACUGACCGCUUCUCUCUGAGGACUGAGCCACCUGGCCGGGCCUCCCGGGGAGGCCUGCUACAGACACCCACACACAGGGCCCUGCCCGGUCGUGGCCUGCACGCAGGGCCAGGGUCUGCAGGCACCUGUCAGUGAGGGCUGGUGAAGGCCAGCAGCCAUCGCCAAAGUGGCGCUGCCCCUCGUGACCACAGGCCUCCCCCUUCCCAUCUCCCGCGUCUUUUUUGAUGGCGUUAGGCCUGGGGGUACAGGUUUCUUGAGGAGUCUCAGCUAACUCCUGUCAUUAAUUGGUUCUGCAUAUUUAAAUAAAAUAUUUUAAAAUUAUAAAAUUUA